AUGCCCGAAUACACAGAAGACAAUGUCCUCUCAGCACUAAAAGACAUCUCAGACGGCCUCUCUCAACGAAAAGCCGCACAACGCUGGAAAGUCCCUCGAGCAACCCUUCAAAAACGUCUAAGCGGCGGCGUCACACGAAGACAGGCAAACGAACACAAACAACGCCUUUCCAAAGACAAAGAGCAUCAUCUCGCGCAGUGGAUUCUGGCUUCAGAUGACUUGGGCUUCCCGCCGUCGUACCAAGAGGUCAGAGAUUUCGCGGCUAAAGUUGUCAAGGCUGGUGGCGAUGAUGAGCCGCUUGGGAAAGCUUGGUUGGAGAACUUUUUACGGCGAAAUACGCAACUCAAGAAUGUGAAGUGGCCUCACAUUAAAGUUGUAGAAGGAACGCCGUGA